GGAAGUCAACAGUCAUACAUUUCCUGGUGACGUUCUGGACUGGAUGUGAGCAGAGUAAACACGGCGAGGCGAUACUGUGUUACUUUAUCGGUAAUAUACGGCAUUCAAAAACAAUAACGACAAUGUUCAAGGGCUGGGGGUCGUGGUUAGGUCUGGAGAAUCCCGCCAGUGUGAAGUCAGAGGAAACUCCUAAAGAUGCCGAGAGGUGCGAGGGGAAGGAAAGCGAAGAGGGGGAAAGUGAAGUAAACAAGCAGGAGAGGAGUGUGAAGCAGGAGAGUGACCCGGCGGAGGAGCUCAUCCAGCAGGCCAGAGGGCUGAGCGGAUACCUGUACAAUUUUGCUAGCACUGCCACAAAAAAGAUCUCGGAGUCAGUAGUGGAGACUGCACAGACCAUUAAAAAAAGCGUGGAGGACAGAAAUAUUGAUGGCAUUAUUGAUAAGACGAUAUUAGGAGAUUUUCAGAAAGAACAAGAAAAGUUUGUACAAGAAAAGAAUGCAAAAAGGACAGACACUGCUGUUCCUCCUUGGGUCGGUUACAGUGAAGAGGAAACAAUUCAACAGCAGAUUCUGGCUUUAUCAGCAGACAGGAGAAACUUUCUCCGAGACCCUCCUGCAGGAGUGCAGUAUCACUUUGACUUCAAUCAGAUGUUCCCCAUCGCGCUGGUGAUGCUUCAGGAGGACGAGCUGCUCAACAGGAUGCGUUUCGACCUGGUUCCUAAGCACGUAAAAGAGGAGGUGUUCUGGAGGAAUUAUUUCUACCGUGUCUCUCUGAUAAAGCAGUCGGCUCAGCUCACUGCCCUGGCUGCACAGCAGCAGGCUGCGGACAGGAAGGAAGAGGAGAAGAGCAGUGUCAGUCCUGAAGACGGACGCCUGACAGAAAUUAUAAGACCCAAAACUCCACCCACUGCCAUCAACAGCAAACCGAAGCCAAAUGAGGAUGAGGAGGAGAUCUCAACAAGUCCAGGAGUCUCGGAGUUUGUCAGUGAUGCCUUUGACUCAUGUGAUAUAAACCAGGAAGACCUGAGGAAGGAGAUGGAGCAGCUGGUACUGGAUAAGAAAGAAGACGUCUCUGGCCCAGAGGAAGAGACAGCAGACUGGGAGAAAGAACUCCAGCAGGAGCUUCAGGAAUAUGAAGUAGUGGCAGAAUCUGAAAACAGAGAUGAAACCUGGGACAAGGAAAUUGAGGAAAUGCUGCAGGCAGAUGGUUAAGUGUACGUAACUGAGAACUAUACAAGUGAACUCUGAUCGGCUAUAUUGUUUUCACCUUACUUUUAACACUAUGAAGGACCAAGUAAGUUUUAAUACUGCAUGCAGCACUCACUCCAACAAGCCAUGCAGCUCGCCUUUGUCUCUCAACAUUCAUUGAAUUCUCUAAAGAAAUGAAAAAACUUUCAUUUUUGAAGCUUGAAAUCUGGAACAAAUUGUACCCCAGUUAAAGUGAUUUAUGCAUUGACACUGAAGGUUUUAAGCUGAUAUAUUUUUAACGUUUCCAGCAAAUGUUAAGUGUUUCUUGAGGGUGAUUAUAUAGUUAUAAUUUUAUAUCCAUUGUGUAAUGGGUUCUUUUUUUUCCCUUACGUCUGCUUCCAUUUCUAGCGGUUAUUUAUUUUGUAAGAAUAUUCCCAAGUUUGUAGACAGUGCCAAACUGCAAACUUGCAUAUUUGUUUGAGUUUAUUGUAAUCAGAAACGGAUUUAUACCCAGUGAUUUGUUUUCAAUUGGCCUACUAUAUGUGCUUUUGUUCAUUGAAUUCAUUAAUAGAUCUCCACCUGAUGUAAAUGGUUUUGUUUUUAGCUUUAUGUAAUGCAGGUAUUUUUUGCAAACAUAUUUAGUGUUUUCUUUAAUUUCCUUUAACAUAUUGUUUUUAACCCUUUAAUUGGAUUCUAGAAACACAAUUCAAUUUAAGGUGCAUUUCUUAUUAGCUGUCACUGCUGCUACAGGAGGGUGCAUGAUUGAAAAGACAAAUGCUGACAGGGGGGAGUUUGUACUAGUGUUUGUAGGGACCACAGGCACAAAAGACUGCUGCAACCACAUUACAGUUUUACAGAAAUUAUAACCAAGCUAUACUUGAGCUCUAUAUUAACUGUACAUCUAAGGUGUAGGUACAGGUAGUGGAAACAGCAAUGGAAACGAUCAUAUAAAGUCACUAAAUAUGGCGACUGGACAACACAGACAGCCUUGUUGCGCUGUGGAAUAGUGGAAUAGAGUCUGCAGGUGUCUAGAAGUCUAAAGGAGGGAUGCAGCACCAUUUUUCAUUGAGAAAGACAAUCAAAUCACACCUGAUUAAUGGAAGUGGACAUCUUUCCAGAAUACCCCAUAACACGAUUGGAAUUGUAUCUGGUGACUGAGAAGGCCGUGACGUAGUGAUAACAUCAGUGUGAUGUUCAUCCAUCCAGUACCAUUAGGUGGAGAUCGGUGUUGACCUUGCAUUCUAAGAGAAUGAGUGUACCCAGACCGUACCAGAAGAAUGUGCCCUACAACAUUACUGGACCACCAGAACCUUUCACUGUUGGAACCAAACACUUAGGUCUGUAGAGUUAUUUAGGUCGGCACCAUGUGUACACACAUCUGUUUGUCAAAAACAUGGUAAAGGAUGAUUAAUCUGAAAAAAACUACAUUUCUCCACUGCUCAGCAGUCCAUUGCCUGUGCAUCACCAGACUUGCAAACAUGCUGCGCCAGGUGUGAUGAGCAUAGAUGAAUGCAUAGACGUCACAAUCCUGGAAAAUGCCCUUCAACCUGUGGUUACACAUUGCUAAUGACGUCUUUCCAUUGGAGUUCCAUACUGACAUCACCUUAUACACCAAUGGUUGUGCAACAUCAAUAAGUUCAAGUGACAUGGCCAAAUAGCCCUAACAAUCAUCCCUCUUUCAGCAUCAAUGUAGUUUCUUCCAGCAGCCAUGUUAACAAAAAUGUAGGCAGCCUGACCUGUCCAGCAUUUUUAUACAUGACCCUUACCAUGUUGGGAUGUUAUUUGCUUAUUAAUGCAUAACCAGCACCUGUUUGGAUGUCCAUGUUUUUAGCAUAUUUGGUGACUUUCAUAUGCCCAGAGCUUUCCAUUUUUUUUCCCCACUACCUUGCCCAUUUCAGAUGAUAAUGAUUCAAACGUGACCUGUUUAUUUGAAAAAAUAAUAGACCUUAUUUUCCUAAACCUAGAUGUUAAUGAAUACUCAGGAGGCCAGUCGCUUAAUUUUAUGCUCAGGAGUUUCUUGAGAUUAAGGGUGUGGUGAUGGAGAUGUAGUAGGUAGUGACCUCGUUAAGAAAAUGGUGUCCAGAUCUAAAACUUAAGGCAUUUGAUGCUUUAUGAAACCAACCCCAGAGUGUCAGCUAUCUGGAUCUGUAUGUUAAGGUGACAGGAGGGUUAAAGUAGAGAUGUAAAUUGUGAGAGUAGACAACAGACACUGCCUACCCUACACAAAUAAAUAAUUUAAAAAUUUG